UAAAUAAAGGUGUUUUAUUAAAUAAAUAUCUAAUAUGGUACUAUAAGGAGAGAAUAAGGAAGAACUCCAACUAUCAAACAGAAAAGGAAAAACAAUAAACCCACUGGCUGUCCUGGCACUUUUUAACGCCCUUGAUCCCUCCGUAUCAGAUAACGUGCUUGUGGAACUUAAACCUCAAAAACACUAAAACAUACCUCUAUCUCACCUCUUGUCUAUAUUCUGGAUUCUCUUUCUGUAUCCAUAUAAACCCUUUUCUGUCUUUCCUCACAACUCCCAGCUCAAUGUUCCUUCAUCUGUAAGGGAUUUUUAAUCCCCCCACCCAUGACCACUUUUGGUGUCACUUCCAGGUCAGAGGCUUGGCUUUUUUUGGGGUCAAGGACAGAAGACUAGAGCCAACUGGCUCCUUGUGUCCCUGUAAUCCCAACAUAAUAUUGGCCUUAAAGGAAAACUCCACCCAUAAAUUACACAUACCGUAUAUAAUAUUUUUUUACCUGUUGCUUACCUUACAUCAUUUGUAGUGAGAUGGCGUAGGGAGUAAAAAGAAGUAGUUUUGGAAGCUUCCAUGGAAAUCAAAGAUGAAUUUAGUGAAAAGGUCCCUGUUCAGUAACUAUCCUGCUGAUUAGAGAUUUUAAAAAAAAAUUCUCAGCCAUCACUAAAAUCAGGGGAGGUUAACAACAGAAGGACAUUCCUUUUAAAGGAUUACCACACUGGUGAUCUUCUAUAACAAUGUGAGGAUGCUAUACUGUAAUACAUGAGAUUUCACAUUCCAGCCCUUACCCAAACCUUCUCCAAAGGUUGAUUUCAGCUGGAAUGCACGUUCCAACAAAAAAAAAAAAUCCAUAUGAGAGUCAAUGUAUAUUCUAUCUUGUGAACUCAAAUGAGUCAAAGUGUAUUGGCUUGUAGCCUUACAGGCUGAUGAGUGGCUUUUUUCCCUGCAGACAAAUGCAUUCUCAUAGGGGGGUUGCUGACACAAUUUUUAGGUGCAUCUCAAAUCAAUUACUAUUUUAACAUCUGCAUUAACAUUCCAACAUUCAGUGCCCCUGCCUUUGUGGAAAGGUGCUGCCGGGGUAUAUAACUGAACCUCACAUAGCACACCUGCCUCCAGCCUAGUCUCUCCUCUAUGUGGCAGAUAACCCAGGUCUAUUAGCUCCUUUAACCAAGGUGAAACUGGCCAGCUGACAAGAGCUGCUUCUAAUGACUUAAGCUUCUUACAUGCUUUCAGUUUUUUUUUUUUUCUCUCAUUUGGAGUAACGCCAUCCACCUAGUAUUAUCAGCAUUGAAACGGUGAGUGCUGAAGUGCAACUGUCUUCCCAGUGCUACUGAAUUUUGCAAAAAUUGCAACUUUCCAAUCAAUGCUGUAGAACUUUAGAACAGUAGACAAAUACAAACAGGGACUAGCCAGGUUUCACUUGAUUCAUCUUUGAUUUCCAGGAAAAGUUUCCACAUCUUCUCUUUACUCCCCACCCCCACCCCCUCAAACUACUCAACCAUAGGCAAGAAUGUCAUUCCUACUGAAGACUUUGGUUGGGGGCCAAAUGAAGAACCUGAGUGGUGGAGGGAGUGAGGAAGAAAAGAAGGAGGAAGGAGAUGGGAAGGAGACGGCUGCAUCCAAAGGGAUGACUCGUGAGGAGUUUGAGGAAUAUCAGAGGCAGCUGGUGGAGGAAAAGAUUGAAAGAGACAAGGCAUUUGCACAGAAGAAGGCUGAGAGGGCCAGCCUACGAGUUCUCAUGAGAGGCAAAUAUCGCCUACCGCAGAGUGAGCAUGAUGAAGCACAGAUCCAGAUGGCUGGUGGGGAUGUUGAUCUCCCUGAAGACCUUGCAAAGAUGGUGGAGCAGGAUGAAGAGGAAGAAGAGGCCAGUGACAGCUUUUUUGGAAAGAUACAGAAUAUGGACCUGGACCUGGACUUAGAAGCCAUCAAGACUAAGGCUCAGACAACCAUAACCGAGAUGAAACAGGCUGCUGAGGAAAAAUGUGCCCUAAUGUAAUGGGUGUCUUAAGUGCACCAUUCUCAAAAAUAGAACUAUCCUAACAAAUGGUCAUCUUUACUAGGGCCAACAAGUGCUGUGCCUAUCCGAUGUAAGAUAACAAAACAAUUUUGGGGGCCCUCUAUGGGACCUGCUCCUCAUUCUGUAUAUACACCUUUCUUUGUGCAUGUUCACACAUGUGUGCC